GAGGAAAUAUUUUGCUCGAUACAAUUUACCAGAAGAAUACAUAACCAGUUGAUCUUUCUAUUAGUGCUGAACACAAUUCUGUCUGUAACCGCGUUUCUCGGCAAUACUCUGAUCCUACUAGCCCUCAAGAAAGUAACAUCUCUACACCCACCGUCCAAACUCUUGUAUCGUAACCUAGCCGCAACUGAUCUCUGUGUUGGUUUAGUUGUGGAACCUCUGAGUGUUACCUCCUUGAUCGCUGCUGUAACUGGACGAUGGAACAUUUGUCGGCAUGCAUUUGUUGCAAAUUAUGUCACAGGUUAUAUAUUGUUUGGGGUGACUUUGUCAACUAUAACGGCGAUCAGCUUGGACAGACUUCUAGCGCUUUUGUUGAGGCUUCGAUACAGACACCACGUAACCUUGAAGCGGACAUGUCUAGCUGUAACUGCUCUAUGGAUUGUGCCUGUUGUCUGUACAACAAUGCACUUUUGGAAUCACCAGAUAACCGCAUGGUACAGUUGUAUACUUAUAUCAUUUUCCCUGGCCUUGUCAACUGCUUUUUUCGCAAAAAUUUUUCACGCUCUGCGUCAUCACCAAAUUCACCCGCAGAACCUAAUUCACCAAGGACAGUCUAGCGAAGCAAAUCUACUGCACAUGUCGCGCUACAGAAAGGCAGUAUCGAGUGCACUGUGGGUGCAGUUGGCAUUAGUUAUUUGCUAUCUGCCGAUAACCAUAGUGGAGGCUUUGACAAUUCAAGGAUUGUCCCCAUCUGUUGUCAUUGCUAAGGAGUUUGCAGGGACUCUAUUCUACCUAAACUCGACAUUAAACCCGAUAUUAUACUGCUGGAAGAUGAAUGAAGUUAGACAAGCGGUGAAAGAAAUAAUUGGAGAACUUGGGUGUUUAUUCUGUCUGCAUUGUUUAGAUCGUUAGUUUCUGUCAGCGCGUACAGAGGAAGAGAGCUUGAGCCUCCAGGAUGGCGAAAUCAACGAGAAGGACAAAAAGGGAUGGGCUUUGGUUUGGUUUCUGCGUAAUCGCCCUAAAAGCCAGGUCCUUGAUCGGACGAUAAAGACGAUGCCAUGCAUGUCGAUUCGCACAAUAGAGAACCUUAAGGCGAUAUAUACAUUGGCUGGUGCCGAUGUAAUCGUCCGAGGCUAAACACUAGUUUUAGAAUGGCAGUGCAAUUCGCACCAAUACAAUUAGACUUAAUAGAACAAAUUGCAAGGUAGUUAUAAGGUAAUGCUACAACGAAUUCCAAAAUAGGGAUUAUUACCGCGAAAAAUAUUUCGGGCUUAAAUUUAGCGGUAAUGUCCGUGUAAGAUUCAAGACGCUCAAUAAAUGUAACGUGUUAUCGCUUAGCCUGCAUAACAGGUGUUGUUUUUUCCCCGCGUCGCGCGUGUCUGGCGAUCCUCCCUCGCUUUGCGCUUGUCUUCGCUCGACUGAAAAACGCGAAAAAAUAACUUUAAUUUUUGUAGUCUGAUCAAGUACAAGGUUCUGUUUUGUUUGUUGUGAAUUUUUUCCUCUACUGAUGGAAGACUGUACACUGAGUUGACACACACAUGACGACCCUCGUCAACAUGCUGGUGUCCGUCUCGGGUUACCGGUCCUUUCAAUACAAGUUGAUUCGUUUGAGGUCUAAAUAGCUCCACGUCCUUGGCUUAAAGAACGAAGGUAUUAACUAUAAUGUUUUUCUUGUUCACUCGCAAAGUAUACUUGAAGUGAACAAAAUGUUUGUGCAAUUUCACUGCUUGAGUUUGUAUCGAAACGACCGGUUUCCCCGUCUCGCACAAAAAGCUCCUGGAGACUUGGCGAAGUGUUUAUUUCGAACAAGUUACGCAUUUGAAAUGCGACAAGUGUACAAGUAUGCUGUGAAAUAAAUCUACAUCGAGAAUUUUGUCAGAGAUGAAAUUAAGAAUCUGACUUGCUUGUAGUCCUUCUCCCAGAACUUUAAAGAACGCAAAAGAAUGUAAAAAGCGUACGUGAUAAAAUUAACAUUUUCCGCUUCUUUCCCGCCAGGAGUUUGCUGAAAUUUUCAUACGCUAUCAGUAAUGUGCACAGCGCCGUUGCUGAAUUUUGAAAAAACGCCCUCAGGCAAAUUGCAAUUAAAAAAGCAGCUGCAGUUUGUAAAUAUGCUCUUUUUGAUUUUAGGGUUAUUAGUUUAAAAUACAAUUAAAUUGAUUUGGCAACCCAGAGUUUGAAAUCCACACAAGUAAUAUAACAUCAAAACAAAAACUUUAUCCCAGCGGAAAGGAAAAAUAAAACAAAAUUAAAAAUUAGCAAUAGUUUUGCAGAAAAGCCCUAACAUUGGCUCCAUAAUCAAUAUGGCAGAUGCAGCUGGGCACGAGAUAAUAAUCGUUGACGUUAGGCUGAGUGCGUACAAACGGACGCAAUAACUCCCAACAUUGCUGCGCCAACAAUGCUAACCCGAAACCUGAGGUAAACAACUUUUCAAGCAGAGCAGAAAAACUUGGGCAGUAUGGGAAAUAAUGUUUCACGUCUUCAAUAGAUGCAUCGCAAAGAACACAGGCAGAUGAAGGACAGCAAUUUUCUAAAAAAGGUGAUAAUUUAAGGCACCAAAAUUAAGUCUCAAACGAGUGUGAAAAAUUGACGCUGAAUGAUCCCCGAUAUAAAACAGAUAGCUGCGGGAUUGAAAAUGCAGGAAUUUUAAAAUGUUGCGCUUGAACCUGAAGGAGACCGGAAGACCGUUCCACUCUUGAAUCGAUGAAAAGAGAAAGAUUUUUUUGUGCCUCUCAGUACGAACGAAGGGGAAGCAGAGAUUAUUGGCAGAACGAAGACUAUAACCAGAUCUUUCAGAAACGAAAUUAGGACAUUAAUCAUAACUAUAACAAAAUUGUCAAAUCUGAUUGGCUCUCAACUGCCCUGAUUUCAGCCUUAAUUGGACAGUUUAAUAGGACAGUACGCGUCAUGCCUAAGUAAUUGGACAGUACGCGCCAUCACGCGCGCGCUUAAAUGGCUUUUUUUUUCACUGCUAGCAAAACAGGAUUUCGAAUUUCUUGUGUUUUGGUUUAAAAAAUAGCCUAUUGUAUCACAAAUUUUGUUAAAGUUAUGAUUAAUUGGUAACAGAACUUCGUGUCGCCCAAUUCAGUCUGUAAUCAUACUCGUGAUUAAACAAAUCGGACUCCCGCUACGCGGUCGUCCGAUUUUGUUAAUCACUCGUAUGAUUACAGACCGAAUUGGACUCCACUCAGUCCUGUUACCAUUACUAAUCAUAACUAUAACAAAAUUCCCAAAUCUGAUUGGCUAUCAACUGCCCUGAUAUCAGCCUUAAUAGGACAGUUAAAUAGAACAGUACGCGUCAUGCCUAAGUAAUUGGACUGUACACGCCAUCACGCGCGCUUAAAUGGCCUUUUUUCACUGCUGGCAAAAAAAAUGUCCUGGAAUUUUUAGUGUUUUGAUUUAAAAAAAGACCUUAUAUAUCACAAAUUGUGUUAAAGUUAUGAUUAAUUGGUAACAGAACUUCGUGUCGUCCAAUUCGGUCUGUAAUCAUACUAGUGUCUAAACAAAUCGUACGACAGAGUUGGACUCCACUCAGUCCUGUUACCAUUACAAAUCGCAUAAAUAAGGAGGGGCUAACUUAUAUACCAUUUUGUACAUCAAACUAAGUUGAUGAAUUUUUCUUCUAACACCAAGUUCAACACAAGAAAGUUCAUUUAAUAGAGAUACCCUGUUUGUACCUUUUAAAGCACCGGUUACAACCCUUGCGCCCUCUAUUUGUAAGCUUUGUAUAACAAAUUACUAUCAGAUUCAGAACAUCCAUCCCAAACAUAAUCAGCAUAUUCUAAGGAUGAACGCACCAAGGAUUUGAAUAAAACUUCAAGUGUAUAACGGCUCAAAUUGUCUUUCAAUGGCUUUAGGAGGUUUAACUUUUCGGAAGCUUUUUGAUGAAUUUUUAAUAUAUGGGCUCGCCAAGAUAAGUUAGAAGACAAGGUCAAACCAGGAUGUUCAUGAACUGUCACAUCCUCAAUAAUACUAUUGUUCAAAAUCAAAGGGGGCUGCAAAGGCUUACCUCUUUUUGCCGAAAAAACAACUGAUUUAGUCUUUGAUUCAUUCAUAGUCACCAACCACCGUUUAGCCCAAUCAGAUAUUGAUGUCAAGCCAUGAUCAAGUCAUGAUGUUUGUUAUAGCUUUAUAAAUAUGAGAAACACCUGUCACUGAAAUGCAAACUGCAGAAAGAUGACGGCGAGCCAUUUCACCGCCGAUGGAAAACAAGAAAAAUAUGAGGAAAUAUUUUGCUCGUUAGAAUUAACCAGAGGAAUGCAUAGCCAGUUCAUCUUUCUAUUAGUGCUAAACACAAUUCUGUCGGUCACCGCGUUUCUCGGCAAUACUCUGAUCUUACUAGCCCUCAAGAAAGAAACAUCUCUUCAUCCACCAUCUAAACUCUUGUAUCGUAACCUAGUCGCAACUGAUCUCUGCGUUGGUGUCAUUGUGGAACCUUUGAGUGUUAUUUCCUUGAUUGCUGCUAUAACUGGACGAUGGAACAUUUGUCGGCAUGCAUUUCUGGCAAAUUAUAUCACAGGUUAUAUAUUGUUUGGGGUGACUUUGUCAACUAUAACGGCGAUCAGCUUGGACAGACUUCUAGCGCUUUUGUUGGGGCUUCGAUACAGACACUUUGUAACCUUGAAGCGGACAUAUCUAGCUGUAACUGCUCUAUGGAUUGUG